AUGUCUGAAAAGAUUAACAUGAGCCUUGAUGACAUUAUCAAGAAGAACAAAGAAAAAGGUAAGCAAAAGAAGCAAAAACUUCAUGUUAAAAAUAAAGUCAAAGGAUUCAACAAGAAAGGAGUAGAUAAGAAUGACGCCCGAGGAAAACCCAAGAAAUUCUCUUCAGACAAGCCCAAGAAAUCAGAUAAGAAAAAUCCUACCCAAAAAGGAAACACCCAGAAAGGCAGCAGCCAAAAAACCAAGCCGCCAAAAGGAGAGAAAUCUGAAGGAUCCAAAAAGACUGGCCGAGUCUUUGUGAAAGGCCUUGAUUUUGGGCUUACCAAUGGUGAGCUAAGAGACAUUUUCAUAAAAAUUGGACCAUUGAAAACCUGCGGCAUAAAUUGGGACCAAACUGGUAAAUCAAAAGGGACUGCAGAAGUUGAGUACCAAAAGGUUGAAGAUGCGACCAAAGCAGUCAAAAAUUUGAAUGGCACUGUUAUUCGUGGGCGAUCUUUAGUCGUUAAGUAUUCGAAAAAUAAAUAA